CUCAACCCGUCGACUGGCACCUCACGCGAGGAGAGCCUUGCCCAAGUCCGUCAAUCCCAGGUGGCGACCGCCGGAUCUGGAGCACGAACGACAGUUAUGAACGAAGCCACCUCAUGAUACACCGGGGGAAAGCCCGCGACCCGCACGCCAUGAAUCCGCACCCAAGGUAUCCGCCACCACAACGCCGAAGGAUGAGGCUCCAGCGAGCCAGCCAGCCGACAGGGACGAGCACCCCGGUAUUAGCCCGGAGCCUCAUCUACCUGCGCGCAUAGAUCUGACCAAGACGACGCAAAUCCGGCCGUGCAACGCCUGCCCAUCCAGCUGCACUGGCACACCAUCCAGUUGACGCCAAGCCAAUUGGUCAAUCGCCAGAGGACACAAGGACCAGCGCGCGCCGGCGUCCACUCGAGAACCGGCGCCCAGCGGACCGUUGGCCGCCGCGAGAGGAAGCCUCGCCGCCACCGUCGGCUGCGCCAGCCUUUGCCUGGCGGCGUCGUCCAGAGGUAGUGCAGCGGGAGGAAGUACGAGAGACAGCGGCGGUUAGGAUCCGAGCCGCCCAGGGAGAGGCGAGUUUUUCGGAUCCAUAGACCUAAACCGACCAUGACUCGUGGGGCUUUGGGCGACUUCCAUAAGCUUCGUCCCCUUCCACCGCCUACCCUGCGCAAACCCGUCGCGAAAACCAGGGGCAAACAACGCCCCAUCUCAUCUACUACGAGAGUUGCGAGCUCCCAAUUCCGCGGAGCAAUAAGUCGGCCAUGUCGUCCGCCAGCGCCGGCGGCAACCGUUCGAGGUCCUACAUCGUGGCCGGCGAGGCCAGGGGGCACCACCUUCUCACGAUCCACGGCUACUUGCGCACCAAGUUCACCCCCACGGGUGAGUGCAUCAUGUCCCGCCCUUUCAUCAUCGACGGCCAUCGCUGGUGCAUCGAGUACUACCCCAACGGCGUGUGCCGCGAGGUCGCUGAUUGCGUGUCCCUCUCCCUGGUGCUCGACGAAGACGUCGCGGCGGCGGUGAAGGUCCAGCACGGCAUGCGCCUCGUCGGCGAGGCGGACGAGGACCGACCGGCGUUACUAACUUCGGAGGACAGAUUCCCUUCCCGGGGCGUCUCUUCGCACACGAGGUUCAUCAGAAGGGUCGACCUGGAGAGGUCCAAGUAUCUCAGGAACGAUUCCUUCACAAUCCGGUGUGAUAUCGUCCUCGAACACGACAUCCGCGCGGAGGACCACACGGCGGCCUUUGUCUUCACGCCCCCAUGCGACCUGCGCCAGGACCUUGGCGGGCUCCUCGAUUCCGAGAAGGGCGCCGACGUGGUGUUCGAGGUCGGAGGGGAGACAGUCGCCGCUCACCGGUGCAUACUCGCGGCCCGCUCGCCCGUCUUUGCGGCCGAGCUCUUUGGCCCAAUGAAGGAGGGCAACGCUGCAACCGCCGGCGUGGUCGUGCACGUGGAGGACAUGGAGGCGGAGGUGUUCAAGGCACUGCUCCGUUUCGCAUACACCGGCUUGUUGCCGGAAACACGCAAAGAAGACCUAGAUGUCACCUGCCAACAUCUAUUAGUCGCGGCAGACAGGUACGACAUGAAGCGGCUCAAGUUGAUCUGCGAGGAGAAUCUGUGUGAGUACAUAAAUGUGAACUCGGCGGCGAUCAUCUUGGCGCUAGCCGAACAACACCAUUGUGUGAGGUUGAAGAGGGCCUGCUUCCGUUUUCUCGCCGAUCCACGGAAUCUGAGGGCGGUCGUGGCCACCGACGGCUUCCAGCAUCUGAGUAGGAGCUGUCCUUCCCUUAUGGUCGAGCUCAUUGCCACCUUAGCUAUGUGACGAGUGCCCAAUGUUAUAGAUACAGAAGUAUAACAAUCAGUACCCAUACCAUUGAGGAUGUGGUGAUAUGGAACAGGGGCAUCUUGAAAAAUCAGUUUCUAGUGAUGUCGUCGUCAGUAGUAUGUGUGAACUACUACCUGUUAAGUACAACAUUUUGCUUUUGUUUACCAGUAGAGGUUUAACCGCAGUGCAAAGAAUUGGAGAUCACGGGAUGCUAUCUCAGUUUAGAAAAUUACAACAUCCAACGUUUUCUUUCAUGACCUGCAAACCGUAAGCCAAUCUUCAUAGCUAGCAGUAAGCCAGUUAGUUGACAAAAAGAUGCAUGAGAGAUUCUGGCUACUGUUGUACAAUUUUAUUCUUUCUUUUCUUACAUUGAUAGAGGUUCUGCGUGCGUUAAAAAAAGGAGCAUCAACAAAAGCACAUUACUUCAUCCGAUUCAUAUUAAUUGAGGCACCCUUAGUACAAAGGUUGUACUAAGGGUUCCAAUUAAUAUGGAUUGGAGGGAAAUUUGUUCUUUAAUUACUAGAAUUUCCUGGUACUGAAAGUUGAUUCGUUUUAAAUGUAAUAAGCUGAUUCUU